GUGAAGCAAAGAUGAAGCUUAUGGGGAGCCGGAGGAGUGGAGGAGGCCUGAGCAGGAGCCUCAAGGAGCACAGGGCCAGGCUCUACAUCAUCCAGCGCUGCGUCGUCAUGCUCCUGCGCUGGCACGACUGACUCCCUCGCUCCAUGGAUGGAUGGACGGAUGGCUCCGUCCUUCCAUUCCAUGGAUGGUGUUUGAAGCAAGCAAGGAUAUACUUUUUGAUUUUGGGUCUGUAGGAAGGAAGGUGUACGCACUCGCAGUUAGUACUUGUACAUAAGAGGUCAGUUGAUUAUAGAAGUAGAAGUAGCAGCUAAGCAAUAGGAUCGAUCUAGUGUUGGUUGAUUCACCACCUCCUCUGUCCUCGACCCCCUUCAGCAAGUGUGUCCCAUUGUACAAUUACAUCAGUGCCAAAUACUGGAAUGCAAUAUAGGCUGAAAGAGAAGGAAUAAUCAGUGGAUC